AUGAAGAUUACAAACUUUCCUAUUCUACUUUUAGUUUUCUUUAUUUUUCCGAUCACGUUUGCCCAACCGAGAGUCGGGUUUUAUAACAAUUCAUGCCCUAAUGCAGAAACUAUAAUUCAAACUCUUGUGAGCGAUGAGUUCGAGAGUGAUCCCACGAUCACAGCCGCUUUGCUUCGCAUGCAUUUUCACGACUGUUUUGUCGGGGGUUGCGACGGUUCUAUCCUCUUAAACUCAACAGAUUCAGAAAGAUUCGUCGGUCCAAACUUGAGCGUGAGAGGGUUUGAGCUGAUCGACGAGAUCAAGGCCGAGCUUGAGGCUCAGUGUCCCUCCAACGUCUCAUGUGCCGACAUAAUGGCUCUUGCCACCCGUGACUCUGUGGCCUUAUCUGGAGGUCCGAGCUACAACAUUCCCACUGGGCGACGUGAUGGGUUGAGAACAAAUGCGAAUGGCGUGUUCAACCUUAUCGGACCAACCGCCUCCGUGGCUGCGUUUCUCAGCUUCUUUGGGGACAAAGAUAUGAACACGUUGGAUGCGGUGGCUCUUUUGGGUGCACACACGGUUGGAGUGGGAUCUUGUGAUCUAUUCCAGGACCGCCUCGUGAAUUUUAAUGGAAGCGGACUGCCUGAUCCGUCCAUGGACUCCGAUUUGGUUGCAAAUUUAACCACCAUAUGUGAGGCCUCAGAGAACCCAUCAACAGGACUUGACCGGUCAACGCCAUUGACUUUCGAUAAUGCAUUCUUCGGACAAAUCCGAGUGAGGAGAGGAGUUUUGCAACUUGACCAGCGCCUCGCAACCGAUGAAGCCACUUCUAGUGUGGUGGCUCAAUACGCAGCAGACAACGACUUAUUCAAACGCCAGUUUGCGAUCGCGAUGGUGAAAAUGGGAGCCGUUGAUGUCUUUACAGGCGAAGACGGUGAGAUCAGAACGAAUUGUUGGGCGUUUAAUAACAACUAA